CCUCUUCCCAUGAAGGACUGGCGGCGACGUGGCGUCCGUGCAGCAGCCUUCCCAGGGGUCGUCUGCCCCAGACAGCCUGCAGCGCGCUGCCCGACAGCGCCCCCUGGCGUCCGCGCGCCGCGCCGCUUCCGCUUCCCACCCACGGCAGCCUGGGAUGCUGGCGGAAUGUGUGAAGCGGGCUCGUCUGCGAAACCCAGGUGUUGGGGCAACGUCCGCGGGCCGCUAGUCCUUAUCGCUUCCUGCUUAUAACACAUCAGCGUUGCCUGGUGCCGAGCCAUACCGGAUCCAGGCGCUGCUCCGGGAGGCUGUGCACCUCUGUCUCCGUCGUUGUGUCCCGGCUGGCGAGGGGAGAAGAAGCCCACGCGGAAGUGAUAGGACGGCGGCGCUUUCCCACAAGUUCACAAUGAGGACCGGGCUUUUCCUCGUCCUUCUCGCGGCUCUCACCUGUGGACCCGCACGGGGGGACGAGAACGCGGCCGAGGAGCUGCAAGUGGACACGCUGGUGAAACCCGAACCUUGCUCCGUCCUGUCCAGAAUGGGCGACACGCUCCAGAUCCAUUACACGGGUAAACUGAUGGAUGGGAAGGUGAUUGACUCCUCACUGUCCCGGGAUCCUCUUGUGGUUGAGCUGGGGAAGAGGACGGUUAUUGCUGGCCUGGAACAAAGCUUGGUCGGCGUGUGUGCAGGACAAAAAAUCAAAGCAACGAUUCCCUCUCACCUUGCAUAUGGAAAAAAAGGUUACCCUCCAACCAUUCCAGGUGAUGCUGCCCUCGAGUUCGAGGUGGAGGUGAUUUCUCUAACACAGCAGACGCCGUGGCAGAAGGUGGUCAACGACGUGUUCCCCCUCGUGUGCUUGGCCCUGGUGCCCACUCUGCUCGGCUUAGUGGGAAUUUACCUCUACAAAAAGGCAAACGCCCAAAAGCCGAGCAAGAAGAAGGCCAAGGACAAGAAGAUCAAGAAGAAAUAGAGACAAGACAAAUAACUAUUUAAAUAAAUUUUUUAAAUUGUA